CAGUACUUUAGUUUAUAGUUUCCAGGUCGCACGUGGUCAAUAUGGCGGAUGAAAUCAAGUUCUGCGUAGUGCGUUGUAUUUAUUCAGAUUUUGAAUAAUAUCUCGGUAAGGAAAUUAUCAGACAACACAUUUGAGACACAUAUCUGUUUAACAUGGCGAAGACAAGGAAAAAGGCAGGUCCAGAGAAAACGGCCAAGAAAUCCAACAGCAGCAUGAACCCAGGAACAAGAAAGGAAAAAUAGUGAAGCCUGCUCCCUUUCAAAGCUCUGUUGCUUCAGGAGAAGUGGCACGAGUGGCUCCAAACAGAAAAUGGUUUGGAAACACAAGGGUGAUAUCACAAAAUGCUUUGCAAUCAUUCCAAGAUGAAAUGGGAAAAGUUCUCAAUGAUCCGUACAAGGCAUGUUGUAAAUGGCUUAGUCUCAUACAGUACUGUCCAAUGCAGUAUUCAAAUGUGACAAGCAUCCUCAACGCUGCCGAGAUAAGCAGCCAUAAUGUUAAAAGCCCCCCUUUACUCAGACAGUUUGCAAAGCUUCACACUGACAAGAAGCAAAUAAGUGUUGGCGUUAUUGGUUACCCUAAUGUCGGGAAGAGUUCCAUCAUAAACACACUGAGAGCCAAGAAAGUCUGUAACGUGGCACCAAUUGCUGGGGAAACCAAGGUGUGGCAGUACGUGACACUGAUGAGGCGAAUCUACCUAAUUGACUGCCCUGGAGUCGUGUAUCCAAGUGGUGACUCGGAAACUGAGAUUAUACUUAAAGGCGUGGUUCGUGUUGAGAAUGUGAAAGACGCAGCCUGCCACAUCCCCGUUGUAUUGGAACGGGUCAAGCAGGAGUACAUCGCGAAGACUUACAAAGUAUCAUCGUGGAACGAUCCAACAGACUUUCUGGAACAAGUCGCGCAACGAACUGGCAAGCUUCUCAAGGGUGGCGAAGCUGAUGUCAAUACAGUGGCCAAAAUGAUUUUGAAUGAUUUCCAACGUGGGAAGCUGCCAUACUUUGUUGCACCACCAAAUAAGGAAGGAGAAUCUAACUCAGAAGAAACGAAGAAUGAAAAGAAAACAUCGUCUCGAUUUCCACCACUUGAAGAAAGUUUUGUUAAAGAAGCAGACACUGAGGCUAAGGAUAAGAAAGAAGAACUAGCUGAGAAGGAAACGAGAACAGAAAACACCAAGCAAGGAAACGAAAAAACUGCUCAAAACGGCAGCCUUUCAGUUGGCGAAGAACAUAACUCCCCAACGGACCCAUUGGCUGAGGCACAAACAGCUGUUGAGACAAACGAUACAAAUAAAACUCAGGAAAGGUGUUCGUCUGAGACCGCAAAAAUUAAGUCUGGCGAGAAUACAGCGAUCAAUGACGACUGUGUUCAGAAGUCAAAGAAUGUAAAGUUACAUGUGAAACAGGAUUUCAGUGCCAUUAACGUUGGACUUGAAUAUACUGGCGACGAUGUGCAGCCCUUGGAAGAAGGGAAGGAACCUGAUGGAAAUCCUGAAUUUGAGGAUGAAAGUGAAGAAGAGGAAGAAGAGGAAGUUGAAGAAGAAGAAGAAGAAGAAGAAAAAGAAGAAGAGGAGGAGGAUAUGAGGGAGGAUGAAGAGGGAGAUGACGUCAGAGCAGCUUACGGGAAAUACGAAGAGGAGGAGCUUGGAAGCGAAGAGGAUGAUGAAACGGAAGAAGAAGAAGAGCAAGAGGACGAACAAGGAAAAAAUAAAAAGCAGCGACCACUUGAGAGUAAUGUGAAUACCAGAAUGGACGAGUGUAACGAGGAUAGUCAUAGUGACAGUGUAGAAAAUGAUGAUGAAUCGUCGGACAAUAAAAAAGAAUCAGAAGAAAGGCUUGGUCCUUUGAAGGAGUCGACAGUCACGUUAGACAAGGAGACUGAAAAAAGGAAACAGAGACUGCUCGAAAAAUACAAAAAGUUACAAGGUGUAGAAAAAUUACCCUCUCGCCGGGCACAGGAGUGGACUACGCCCACUGAUCAGCAAUUCUCUGUAAGGGUAAGCCCGUACGUCGCUUGUGUUGAAGCGGAAGGAAGCGAGGAAGGCACUAAGAAACAACUUGGCAAGGAACAUAAUGUAAAUAACACUCCACGAGCGCGUCCGGACAGAUUAUUAACAGCAACAAGAGAAACAAAAGUCACCAGGAAAGGUUUUAGAGGCACUGAUAGAAGACGUGGCAAACGCAAAAGUGACGACGACAGCGAAGGUGAUGAAUCGCCCAAACCAAAGGCACCACGUCUGAAAACAAACAAACAGAAGAUUGGUGUUCGUUACUACGAGACAGUGAAUGUGAAAAACAAGAACCGUAACAAGAAUGCGAAACUUCGGGAAGAACAAACGGGAAAGAAGGGAAAGAAAAGAAAAUGACCUGAUAUGCAAACGACGAUAGACUCCCAAAGACAUUUGAAUACAAUGCUUUGGCCAUGUCGCCAGGAGUCGGAAUGGUAAUUUUUAAGAAAUUUUUGAGGUCUGGCAAAAUUCAAGGAAAUUGUAGAAAUGUUUAUGUAAAGUUGAGGAAAAUUGAAAUUAAAGUUCUUUGCACGUUCA